CUGAUUGCAUUUCCAUCACUCCCUACACACGAUGUCGUCCUCUGCCCGCUACUACGCCGACCCCGCCGUCGCGACAAAGUUCGCCACGGAGCUACUCGUGAAGGGUGGCCUCAGCGAGGAACACGCCAAGUCGAUGGCUGAAUGCCUCGUCCUGGCAGAUAUUCGCGGCGUUGACACCCAUGGCCUGGCCCGUCUUCCCCAAUAUCUUGACCGCGUCAGCAACGGUCGUGUGAACGCGAAGCCCGAAUUUAAGAUCACCGAGAAGACCCCCGUGGUGGCUCACAUGGAUGGCGACAAUGGUUUUGGUUUUGUCGUUGCCACCCGCGCUAUGGAUGAGGCCAUCAAGCGCGCCGAAAUCUACGGCAUUGGUCUCGUCGUUGUCAACCACUCGAACCACUUCGGCAUGGGUGCCACUUACGUGCUCCAGGCUCUGGAGAAAGACAUGAUUUCUCUUGUUUUCACCAACUCUGCUAAGCAGAUGCCUCCCUUCGGUGGAAAGGAGACCCUCCUCGGUAUCUCCCCCUUCGCCGCUGGUGCGCCUUCUGGAAAGGAGGUUCCAUACAUCCUGGACAUGGCCCCGUCAGUUGUUGCCAAGGGCAAGAUUCGCCGUGCUGCUCGUCGUGGCGAGUCCAUUCCCCUUGGCUGGGCUCUUGAUGCCGACGGAAACCCCACUACCGAUGCCGAGGUCGCCCUGAACGGUAGCAUGGCUCCCAUCGGUGGCCCUAAGGGUUCCGGAAUUGCGAUUCUGAUGGACAUCAUGUCCGGUGUCCUUAGCGGUUCUGCCUUUGGUGGUGAGGUCGGUGAUCAGUACAAGGAUACCAAGCCCCAGGACGUGGGCCACUGCUUUAUCGCUCUGAAGCAGGACAUUUUCCUUAGUGCUGACGAGUUUAAGAACCGUAUGGAUACCCUUGUUCAACGUGUUCAUAAUGUUACCCCAGCUCCUGGCUUCAACGAGGUUCUUUUCCCCGGUGAGUCUGAGCACCGUCUCGGCGUUCAGCGUCGCAACCAGGGCAUUCCUUAUGCCGACGCGGAAAAGCAAAUGUUUAUCGACAUUGCUAAGAAGUUCGGUGUUUCUGAUCUCCCCCUCGCCGAUUCCCCUUUGCCUUUGGCUUAAAUGGAACGCAGGCGCUCAUGUGAAAUAAAUUAAAAAUAAUUAUU